AUGACUGUGUUAAAAUCAUAUUUAAUGUUUGUUACAGUUGGACUUUUGCUUAUCGAAGCGUUUGAUUUCUCUGCCACAACAGAACUGGGAGCUUUCUGUGUAAACCCGGCAGGUGAACCGGGAAAGUGUAUUCCUACGCGGGACUGUGAGGUACUUCUGCACGUUGUUGGUCAAGCCAUAGUAUCACCCAAGGAAAAACUAUUCUUGCUGAACAGUCGUUGUGGUACGCAUGAAAGAAGGCCUUUGGUAUGCUGUGCAGGUCCUCCACCAGACGAACGACUUGAAUUACCGUCACCUCCGAGUUGUGGAAUACAGUCUUCGUCCCGCCUUAUUGGCGGCCAGCUAACACAGAUCGAUGACUUUCCCUGGACGGUGUUGAUCGAGUACGCGAAACCAGACGGAAGCUAUGGUUUUCACUGUGGGGGAACGCUUAUCAGUCAAGGGCACAUCGUGACCGCUGCUCAUUGCGUCAGCUCUCUUCCUCCUGGAUGGAAGGUCAAUCGGGUACGGCUUGGUGAAUGGGAUAUUUCGACGAGUGAAGAUUGUGAGCACGAUUCUUGCAAUAAUCCUGUUAUUGAUGUGAAUAUCGCUAAAAUCAUCGUACACGAUGGGUAUGAUUUGCGGGGUAAUAGCUUCAGCAAUGAUAUUGCUCUGAUCCAAUUCAAAGAGCAAGUGAAUUUCACGGACACAGUCCAACCGAUCUGUCUACCAUUAUCAGAAUUGAUUAGAAGUGAAAAUAUUACGGGAAGUUUCAGCAUCGUAGCUGGAUGGGGAAGCACACCAAGAGACAGUGGAUUUUCUAAAAAACUCCAAGUAGAUCUUAAUCUGAGAGACACACAGCAAUGCUCAUCGCUUCUGGAACAACGUGGAACGGGUUUCCUGCAUUCAACCCAGCUCUGCGCUUUAGGAGAACGAUCAAGCAGGGAGAUCUGCAGUGCUGAUGCUGGAGGAGGCUUGGUGCGGUUUUUCUACGGUUUCUACUACCUCAUUGGGGUUGCUGGUUUGGGGGAACAAAAGUGCGGCUGGGCUGAUGUUCCUGGUGUUUACACGGAAGUGUCGGCUUACGUCGACUGGAUAAAAAAUAACCGCGGUCAAAGCUGUGUUAAUCCUGGAGGGAAGCCAGGCACAUGUAUACCUUUUCGAGAAUGUCCACCGCUGCUUGCUAUAUACAGAAAACCAAUUACAACUCCGGAUGAAUCAAGGUUCUUGGCAAACAGCCGUUGUGGAGAGAUUGAUCGCCGCACAUUGGUAUGUUGUGAAACAGCCGAUUUUAGCGACACUACCAUCACUGGCCUCCCUGUAGCACCGCGAUGUGGCAUUCAGCUGUCGGAUCGUAUCGUUGGGGGCCAGAUAACGGAGUUGGAGGAGUUCCCGUGGUCGGCUCUCAUUCAAUAUUGGAGACCGGAGGGUUUCUAUGAAUUUUACUGUGGUGGUGCGCUAAUAAACGCAAGAUACAUCCUGACAGCAGCUCACUGUGUUAAAUUUCUUCCUCAAGGCUGGCAAAUAUCUAAGGUUCGGCUCGGUGAGUGGGAUCUUGCCACGGAAAACGAUUGCUCGAAUGGUGUCUGUUCGCCAUCCCCUAUCGAUCUAGCUUUGGAGAAUAUCAUUGCUCACCGUGAUUACACCGGAAAAAAUACCAGCCAUGUUAACGACAUUGCACUGAUGCGCCUCGAGCAAGAUGUACCUUGGUCCUCAACGAUACGACCGAUUUGUCUGCCAGUGAUGGAUUCGAUUCGUAAUCGUAACUGGGUAGGAAUGUCCAGCUUUGCUGUAGGCUGGGGCAAAACGGAAACAGCAUUAGCGAGCGAGAAGAAGCUCAAAGUCGAACUGAAUGUGAGGGAUCUAACAAACUGUUUGCAGGCAUAUAGUGGUAAUGGUAUUUAUUUGAAACCUUCCCAAAUGUGUGCCGGAGGUGUACGAGGCAAGGAUACGUGUACCGGUGAUUCAGGUGGACCUCUGAUGGCGAAGGUUAAAGGUGCAUGGUAUCUGAUAGGUAUCGUUAGCUACGGAGCGAACAAGUGCGGAACUCCCGGGUACCCGGGUAUUUACACCAAUGUGGCGAUGCACAUGGAUUGGAUUGAAAGUAAUAUGCAGUAG